AAUCUGUCAAAGCAAAAAUUUAGUUCAGCGCCCUCGUUUCUACUUCCUUUCUUUUCUAGUUUGUUGUGUACGGAGUUAAACAUGCCAAAAGCACGCAAGGAACCCGUUAACGCCGUUCAAGUCUUCGGACGCAAGAAAACAGCAACUGCUGUUGCAUACUGCAAGCGCGGCCGUGGUCUGCUGCGUGUGAAUGGCCGCCCGCUGGAUCAGAUUGAACCCAAGGUCCUCCAAUACAAGCUGCAGGAGCCGCUGCUGCUGCUGGGCAAGGAAAAAUUCGCCGGUGUUGAUAUUCGCAUUCGUGUGUCCGGUGGUGGACAUGUUGCCCAGAUCUACGCUAUCCGACAGGCCAUUUCCAAGGCGCUGGUUUCGUUCUACCAGAAGUAUGUGGAUGAAGCGUCCCGCAAGGAGCUGAAGGACAUCCUGACCCAGUACGACCGAACGCUGCUGGUCGCCGAUCCUCGUCGCUGCGAACCGAAGAAAUUCGGUGGUCCAGGUGCCCGUGCUCGCUACCAGAAAUCGUACCGUUAAAACGGUUCGCUUUCUGUUUCUGCUCCCUUUCAUCGGGGUGCUCGAUCAGUGUUUUCCGCUAUGGCUGCAGUUGUCAGUUUUGCUUCUAUGCCUGUUUUCAUGGCAUAGCAAGUUUCGCGGCCCGGUUGUGAUGCUGAUUAUGUAUACAUUCUAAGAAUUAUUCGCUUAAGAAAACUCGGAAUACAUGAGUUGUGUUGGAGGAAA